AUGACCGUAAUCAUGACUAUCCUCCUCGCAGUUGGUCUCGUCUGCUUGUUACUUUCACUCUAUGUUCAAUGCGGCAAAAGACGCAAGCCCGCGCCACUGCCUCCUGGUCCAAAGUCUCGUCCACUACUCGGCAAUGUCACGGAACUGCUGCGAUCCCAGCAAUGGGUGAUGUUCUCCAAGUGGGGUGAGAUCUAUGGCGGAAUCGUACACGUCAGCGCGCUAGGCCAGUCGAUCGUCGUCCUAAACGAUGCCAAAUAUGCGCUCGACACGCUCGACAAGAAGGGCCGCCUCUACAGCAACCGCCCGACACUCAUGAUGGCUGGCAAGCUCGUGGGCUGGGACGAAGGACCUGCCCUCAUCCAGAUUUCGAAGACCUGGGGCGAGUACCGCAGGCUGUUCGCCCAGUUCAUGGGAACGCGAGCCAAGAUUGACGUGUUUCAGGACGUUCUUCAGCAAGAGACGCACACUUUUUUGAGGCGCACGCUUGUGGAUCCAGAGGGAUGGGUAAAGCACGGUUGCAAAUUUGCAGGGUCGAUUGUGCUGACGCUGGCAUACGGUUAUAAGGCGGUGGGUGACGAAGACGACCGGAUGGUGAGACUGGUGGACGAAGCAGUCGAACCAUUCUCCAAGACAACGGCGAGUAACGCAUUCCUUGUAGACGUGUUUUCUAUCCUGCGCCACGUGCCCGAGUGGUUCCCCGGCGCUUCAUGGAAGAAGAAGGUGCCAAAAUACAGGAAAACACUGCAGGACAUGUUGAACCUGCCAUACGACUGGGUCAAACAGCAAGCGGCCACAGGAGCCGCGCGCGCAUGCUUCGUAUCGAGUUUACUCGAAAAGGAGAAGCUCACCGCCGAAGAGGAACACGUCAUUAAGUGGGCCGCGGCAGGCAUAUACAGCGGCGGCGCUGACACGACUGUGGCUGGAAUCAAAUCGCCCUUCCCCGCUGUGACAUUGCACGUUGUAGAGCAGCGGAAGCUCAAGAAGAACUCGACAACGUUAUCGGAACCGACCAGCUACCUACCCUUGCUGACCGCGUGCGACUGCCCUAUUUUGAGGCGCUGUUCACUAAAUACUUCGUGUAUUCGCCAUGGGGCCCAUAGGUGCCUUCUACAUGUCCUUCGCGAAGACGAUGUCCACAAUGGAUAUUUCAUCCCCAAGGGCUCGAUCGUCAUCGCCAACGUGUGGCAAUUCUUCAAAGAUCCCAAGACAUACGCGGCUCCGGAAGCAUUCUCACCAGAGCGAUUCAUAGCCUCUGAAGGGCAUGCCAAGGAGAAAGACCCACGGGAGUAUUUGUUCGGCUUUGGUCGUCGGCGCGUCUUGAUCACGAGUUGUCCGCGUUCUGACGCUGGCUUGUUCACCCGCUUGUCCUGGAAUCCCCUUGCUGAUGCAUCGAUGUGGCUACUAUGCGCAUCGGCACUUGCAGCAUUUGACAUCCGUCCUCCUAUGAAGGACGGCAAGCUUGUCCUGCCAUCUGGAAAGUACAUGGAUGGGUCGAUUAGCCAUCCUGAGCAAUUCGAGUGCGUGAUAACUCCUCGGACGAGAGCCGCAGAGGCGCUCGUUCAUGCGGCUGGAUGA